AUGGUCGGCCUCGAAGUCCCUUGGCCCCAGGCUAGGGGCAAAGCUGAAGAAGAUGCUCGGAAGAUGCAGGCGAUUGUGGAAAAGGAGUGCCAAGAUUCCGGCAAGCCUGCCCCCGACUAUGAGCUCACCGAGCUGAUCGGCAAGGGCUCCUUCGGCCGCGUCUACAAGGCCACGGGCGCCAAUGACGGGAAGGUGGUUGCCGUCAAGAUUAUUGAUGUCGACGAAAGUGAUACCGUCGAUCCAAAGCUCGCCGACACCUAUUCCGAGUUCCUGAAAGAGGUCAACGCGUUACAAGUGUUGCGCGAGGGCGGGGCACAGAACAUCAACUACGUCCUGGAAGCUUUGCCCGUGGGCCGCUCGAUGUGGAUGGUUACCGAAUAUUGUGCCGGUGGAAGUGUCGCUACCCUCAUGAAACCGACGGCACCCGGUGGUCUGCAAGAGAAAUGGAUUAUCCCCAUACUGCGAGAGGUGGCCGUUGCUAUCUUUUGGGUUCACAAGCAGGGCAUUAUUCAUCGAGACAUCAAAUGCGCCAACGUUCUGGUCACGGAGGAUGGUGGCGUACAACUAUGCGAUUUUGGUGUGGCAGGCAUGAUGGAAAGCAAAUUCGACAAGCGGUCUACCUUUAUCGGUACCCCUCAUUGGAUGGCACCUGAACUCUUCGAUGCCAACGCCUCUUACGGAACCGAGGUCGAUAUUUGGGCUUUCGGAUCCAUGGUGUACGAGAUCGCAUCUGGGCUUCCACCGAACGUAGGAGCACCGGUAGGAUUGCCCCAAUUUGGUGGCUUCCUCAGAGAGCACAUCCCACGGUUGGAAGGCGCCCAGUACUCUGAUGAGCUAAGGAGCCUCGUCGCUUUUUGCUUAGUAGAAUCACCCAAGCAUCGGCCAACCAUUAAACAGAUCCAGAGUCAUCCAUAUAUAAACGGCACAGAAGACCAAUACCCGACAUCGUCACUUGCGUCGCUUGUAAGAGCAUACAAACUAUGGGAGCAGCGUGGCAACAGCAGGAAGUCAUUGUUCAACCCCCUUAUCGGAGCUCAAGGUCCUAGCGAUGCAGACCUCUCCUCAACCUCCAUGGCAGAUGAGUGGAACUUUAGUACAACUCUGGCGUUCGAUCAACAAAUUCAUGAUAACCCAAAUGGAGUCACUGAUUUCGACGCUGUUCGCAACGUUUAUGGUUCCCAAGUGGAUUUUCCCGCUGGCUUCAAUGAUGAGACACAAAAGCCGAAGCCUAAGGGACGUCGUCGACCACCUCCUCAAGUUCUCAAUGCCAUCAAAGCACCUCUCGAGAAGGUGUUUGAUCCGAACACAAUAUCCAACUACAACGAGAACUCACAAGCCUACUAUGGUCUUGUGCCUAUGCCACCACCGCCGUCCACCUCCGACCUUCCCUUGAGAGAUGACAACUUACACUCGACACUCAGAGAAAGCCUUAUUGACCUUGAUGCGUCCCUUGGAGUUGAUGACUUGUCACAAUUCGCAUCAUUGGAUACCAUAAGAGCAGGCCCUGUUGCUCGUCCUGGCCCCCGUGGUUCCAUGAAUAACAAUUGGUCGUUCUCCGGCGCCACAGACCCACAAUACAGCAGAGCGCCUCUUUCUGAUCCAGCAGAGCUCAACAACACAAGACCAGGACCUGACUGGCAGUGGCCGACUGUAAUACCACCUGCGUCCGCUAGUGCAGAGAUCACCAAUUUCACAUUUGAUAGUGAGGAUAGGCGACCUCCACUGAUCCACCAGCAGACGGAGCCACUUGGUCUACCGUCACAAGGCUAUGAGCUUCAAAUGCCGAGAUCAACUAACGAUCGCAUGUCUGUAUCUUCACUUAUCGACCUAGACGAGGGUUUGGUCGAUCCUGAGAUACCGAACUUGGUUGACUUUGGCAUGGCCGAGUACACGCGACCAUCUACAGCCAACUCCGAUGUUCCCUCAAUGACGGGCUCCGAGAUGGGAGGCGGCGGCAACCCCUUCGAGCUGGAACGACACGCCUCGGUAUAUGCUCCCGCCUCCUUCACCGAACGUGAGCCUUCUAUCUAUGUUCCCGCAGCCUUCACCCAACGCGAGCCAUCUCUCUACGCCCCCGCGACCUUUACUCAACGUGAACCGUCCAUCUAUGUUUCGGAUGCAUCUCAGUAUGCCACGCUCGCCGCGCCGGACGAGCCGGAGCCGAUAUUCCAACAGACAAUGCGACACCAGCCCAACAUGUCAGAUGCCUCGCAGACGUACAUCCAUCCAGACAACAGCGACUACACCACGUCGAUGCAGCGCAACCAGGCAAGGUCGAACGGAGCAGCCACUAUAAUCCCGGUAGCACCCCCCGCGGCCAGUAUCAUGGAAGGCACUGCGUCGACGUCCGAGGUCACGGAGGAGAUGCGCCGGCUCGUGUCUUCGCUAUCCGAGCAUCUGACCAUCAUUGGUCAGCAAGUAGCUGAGCUUGAGCCGAGACGAUCAAGCCGCAUCUCGGCGGGCCGAAUCAGUGAGGAGGAUAUAGGAAAUCCCGCCGACUGA